AUAUAUAUAUAUAUAUAUAUAUUUAUGCAGAAAAGAUAAUACAAUUUGUGGAUAAAGUUUGACGAGGACAAAUGAAGAAACGUAAAUCAAGUCACGGAGUUGUCAAUCCUAGUCUCAAUAAUAAAAUAGAAUUAAAACGUGAAGUGGGCUUAUGGAGUGCUGUUUCUAUUACUAUUGGCACAAUCAUUGGAUCUGGUGUAUUUGUUACACCAAAAGGUGUAUUAGAAAAUAGUGAACAAAGUCCUGGUAUUUCUAUUAUAAUAUGGAUAUUAUGUGGUAUCAUCUCAUUAUUGGGUUCAUUAUGUUAUGCUGAACUUGGUACUACGAUAACUGAUGGCGGUGGUGAUUAUGUCUACAUUAAAAAAGCAUUUGGUAAUUUACCGGCAUUUCUACAAUUAUGGGUGAAUCUUGUAGUAAUUCGACCAACAUCUACUGCAAUUUGCGCUUUCAGUUUUGCAUAUUAUGCUCUUUAUCCAAUUUAUUCAAAUUGUGAUCCACCAUAUCUGCUUAUUAUUAGUUUUUCAAUUUUAUCUAUAACAUUCUUGACAUGGAUAAAUAUUAUGAAAGUUCGUUGGGCUACAAGAAUUCAAAAUUUAUUUACAGCAGCUAAAUUAUUAGCAUUGACUAUUAUUAUUCUAUCUGGUUUAUAUGUUCUAUGUCAAAGUAGGCUAGAAAAUUUCGAAGAAUUUUGGCAACCUACUAGACCAAUGAAUCCAUCACGUUUAGCUCUAGCUUUUUAUUCUGGUUUAUUUGCAUAUGCUGGCUGGAAUUUUCUAAAUAUCAUUACUGAAGAACUUCAAAAUCCUCAACAAAAUUUACCACGAUCUAUUUAUAUUAGCAUUACAAUAGUGACAUUUGUUUAUGUGUUGACAAAUAUGGCAUAUUUCAUUGUACUUCUACCAUAUGAAAUUAUUCAAUCAAAUGCAGUAGCUGUGACAUUUGCUGAUCGUUUAUACGGAAAAUUCUCAUGGAUAAUGUCAAUAUUCAUUUCAUUAUCAUGCUUUGGUGGUUUAAAUGGAAUUUUGUUCACAUCAGGCAGAUUGAAUUUUGUUGCAGCUAGAGAAGGUCAAUUGCCUAUUUUGUUAGCAACAAUUCAUGUUGAACAUUUAACACCAGUACCAUCUAUAUUAUUGAAUUGUUGUUUAAGUUUAAUAAUGCUUAUUGUAUCCGAUUUAUUUACAUUGAUUAAUUAUGUAUCAUUUGUUCAAUGGUUAUCUGUUGCUGCUAGUAUAUUGGCAAUGUUAUAUCUUCGUCGUAGUCAACCUAAUCUUUCUAGACCUAUACGUUUACCAUUGAUAAUUCCUAUAACAUUUUUACUUAUAUGUGGUUUCUUAUUAAUUUUUCCAAUAUUUCAUAGACCAAAAGAAUUAUUUAUUGGUAUGAUUAUAGUAUUAUCUGGUAUACCAAUUUAUUUAAUUGGUAUAGGAUGGAAACGUAAAUCAAAUUUAUUUAUACAGAAAUAUAAUUAUAUUACUAUUCAAUGUCAAAAAUCAAUGCAUGUAGUUUAUCCGGAAUAAAACUACACUGAAUUGUGUAGAUGUAUGCAUUAUUAUAGAAAGAAAACAAAAAUAAUCAAAACAUAAUACAAUUGCAUUACUUAUUAUAAUUCAAUAAUUCAAAUGAAAUGAAGUAAAAUGGAAUUUUCCCUACUUCUAUUACUACUAUUACUACUAUUACUAUUACUAUUACUACUACUACUAAUACAAAUACGAAUACUAUAAUAAUACUACUAAUACUACUACUACCCACACUACUACCAAUACUACUUAUAAAUGUAAUGUUAGUGGAGGAUUAUCGAAUAUUCAAAGAAAAUAAAUCAAUAAUUCUUGUGCUCUAUUUGUUCUUUUCUUCUUCUUUCUAUUAUUGAGUUUAAAGUUUACAAUGAAUUAAUUGAUAUAUUUGUUUUGAAAAGAAUUAAAACGAAAAUUUCAACAGAAUAACAUGAAUUCAUUGUUGUUUUUUCGAUAGGUUCUCUUCAUUUGUUAAUUGUUGAUGAUAAAUAGAUAUGAAAGAAAAGUUUUUAUCUUUAAGUUGGGUUUGAAAUGUGGUUUUAGGAGACUAGGAAUAACAUUUGGUAAACUUGUAUAAUUACCACUGAUUAAGGAUGAGGAUAAAGGAGGAUGGUUGAUAGUAGCGACAAAAGAAUUAUUAGUAAACCAAGA